GUGCAGAGCACCAUCUCAGCAGAAAUUUUGGGCGGAUUAGCACGGAUGAUUAUUGCAACACUUGGAGGACCCAAAGGGUGCCAGCGUCAUCUCGAGCGGAUGAUGAAGUUGGUGGAGCCCUUCAUGCAUCCGUCAAAUGAAAGCAGCCACACAUUGCUCGUACUGGUGUUUCUUCAAAACCUUCUGCAAGAGAUGGUCAACCGAUACAAGGAAGAAAGAGUAAAAAAGAACAAGAGAAAGGUUCCGCAGACGUAUUACUUGACAGACGAUGAUAUUGCGAAAUUCACAGAUACUAUACUGCCUUCACUACUUUAUGCACUGUAUGCAAAAGAUAGUGCGACGUCUAAAACUCCACCCAAAUUAGUGAUGAUACUGUGCGCGUUAUGUCCCGGCAGGGUACUCCCGAAAGUGUUGGAACACAUAUACUCUGCCAUUUUUGCUGUUGACGAACCCCACCGUUUGACACAAACUCUGAACUGCUUGUUUGAGUUGGUAUUCCUCAUUGCUGAAGACAGUAGUUCGAGCCCACAACGGAGCCCAGUAGAGAAGAACUGGAUAUGGAAAAUGGAAGAGAUCCGAUCACCAAAUUCACCCGUCGAGAAAUAUUCUCUCAGCAAGCUUAACCGAGGCUUAGAAUUCAACAUUGAAGACUACAUAAAAACGUAUCGGUGUCACCUGUUUUACAUUUUAGAAAUGCUGAUAGAAGCUAUAGACAUCAACGAUGUCAACAAAGCAAAUAUUGCUAUUCAGAACAUCACUUUGAUCUUUUACGUGCUUCCAAUACUCGAUUACUCCGACUGUAUCAAAUAUCACGAUCUGACGGAAGACGAAAAAGCUCUCUGUAAACUGUCGGCCAGGCUUCCAAUACUUGCUGAAAUGGCGUUAGACAGAAUGCUCAAUAUUAUUCAAUGCCUAUCGGUGACAGCGCCAAAGGAUUCUUCUUCCGUGAUAGGAAGCUUCAAGGAUCUUGCUACAAAGGAGGGAAGUGAAGAAAAAGUUCUUAAAAAGGCAAUUGAUCGUUGCGUAGCCGCAAUCUUCAAGAACGCGGAUGACCCCAUUACUUCGGAGUUGCCAUCAAUCUGGAUUUCCUUUGCUGAACAUGUACUUCGAAACCUGAGGAUCGUCUUAACACCAGACGUUAUGCAAGCCGAAGAUCUAGAUGUGUCAGCGUCGUGGUUCGUUUCUCUUGCAUCAUCACUAUUAUCAACGACUAGCGAGAACUAUAUUCAAUACAAGGACAUUUGCUUUGAGAUGAUUGAUCUGCUUGUGAAAUGCAAGAGCAAAGUGGCAUACAUCAGUGGAGCGCAGGGAUUGUGGAACAGUCUAUAUAGGCUUUCUCGAGUAUAUCCGGAAAGCUCCCGGUACAUGGCACUGAAAUUGAAUAGGCCAUUGAAGGAAUGGGUACCUAUUCGGAGUGAGUUGCUGACCGCCACGGAAGAACAAAAUGAAAUCUUUGCAUAUUUGACUGAUCCGAUCAAAAGGGAGCUCCCGGCGUAUGUCUACGGAGCAAUGGCAUAUGUCUGUCACAUGGUACGUCUCGCUGCACAAACAGAAUUAUUUCUUGUCUUUGCCGAGUACACCAUCUCGCGGGAAGCUAUAGUGGACAGCAUUAUUUCAGUGCUAGCAGACAAGAAUUCGACCAAAGAGAAGAUUAAAGGAGCAUUGAUAGUUAUUUGGAAGUCUAAGCUAGCUAUCAAUUCGACCACCCAGACAAGGAUUAAAAUUUGGCAAGCGCUCCUCGAAAUGAAGGAAUGCAAGCAGUUGAUGGCUUACUGCGAUGAGAUGUUUGAAAAGCUACACAAAACAGGCGAAUGGGUGAAGUUCAAUUCCAAAGAUUAUGUUGAGAUGACGUUCAAGAAGAAGGCAGAAAGGAAAAAGGAAAAUAAAAGGCAGCAGGAAUUGUUGGUCAACAUGCUGCUGAACCAAUUUGGAAGGAAAGAUUUACUGCACACGCGGCUCAAGCUAUGCCGAACCAUGUUGUGGCGAUGUCAGAUGGAUGAAGCAGGUCUGGAAACCAUAAAGAUUCUACUCUCUAAACUAACCGACGAGGAGCAGCUUUGUCGUGAGAAAAGUGCAGAAGAGUUGGCUUAUUGGUUGAAGAAAAAUAAAGUCCGUACGGUGCGAAUGGAUUGGAAGUGUCCGAAAAAUGUACAAGGAAAAAUCCCGUUGAGGUGUGGGAUUCGUCCGGACAACAUGGGUUUGGCUUAUGAUUCAGAAAAUUUACCUAAUACGGAGGAAAAAUGGAACAACACGGUGUUUUUCUCAAAGCAGUUCGGCUGCUACAAAUGGCCAGAGUCAAUAAGUGUUGUUGUGUUCGCCAAGCAACCACAAAUUAAACGGCCGGAAUUGAACGAGUGCGAAAAAGCGAUUGUAGCAACUUUCGAAGAUUCGCAGAUGUUCUGUUCAUGGAUCAAACUGCUUCUGAUUGAGAAAAAAGAUCUGCCAGAACUCAAAGAAAGCACAGUAUGGAUAGUCAAACGAGCGCAUCAAAGACUUGCCGCCGAAAUUUUCGGCGGAAUAGCGAUGGGAACGAAGUAUCGUGGAUUCAAAGUACUAAACGACUUGUGGACAAAAUUGUCUCAUGCUGUGGAUCUCAUGUAUGAUUAUAUGAACGCCGAUGCUUACAAUUCAUGGAGUGUCGUAUUAACUCAAGUCCUUCAUCGCGAUGAUACAAGACGGUACUGGUGGCUAAUAGAGGAGUUUCUAAAAGGAAUGAAUCGUCGUGCACCAACUGCGUGGCACCGAGCCAUCCGUCUUCUUGCAUUAACGGCAGAUCAAUGGCGAGAAGUAGAAACUCGUCGAAGAAUUUGUGAAAUUGCAUGGCGUAAGCUUCCGAAGGCUAAAAUAGAAACACAACGUGUAGCAAUAUCCAUAGCGUUAAAGAAUAUAUGUGUCUUAUUGGAUGCAAAUAUGAACAACAACUUCAAAGACCUUCCCAAACGUUUCAAUCUCGAAUCUGUUGACUACUGGCUGCAACGUUUCGAGAAUAAUCUGGGUGAAUCGGCAAGCACCAAGUCGGGUCAGAGCAGCGCGCAAGCUUCAGAGACGAGUUUGACACAGGUCAACCCCCCUGGAGUCUCUCUAAGCGAGGUGAUCGGGAAAUUAGAGGCUGUUGCAUCAGCGACUACUGUAGUUGAUAAGUCCCAAAUCUAUUUGCGGACACUUUUGGAGUUUCUAUUGCAAUACUACGAAAACUGUAUAACUUGUCUUACACCUAGUAUUAUAUCUCUGUUCCCAGUGUUACUCGAGUACGCGAACGAAGAUGAUGCAGAAUAUGUAUUGAGCGGUUCUCUCAAAGAUAUGGAUAUAAAGUUGAGCGCUAAUACUCUCAUACAUGACUACAUGUCCAGCUUAUUACUUACGCCGAAGUUUGCAGAUUCUUUUUUGAAUGUUGUCACACAAAUGGAAGUCCGCAUGGAAGCAUCUCGGGCCAUGCUAACUCUUAUCCUCUGUGAUUACAUGAAACUUGAUAAAGAGCUCACGAAUUAUUUGAAUGGUCUGAUGAAAAGCAAGAGCACUGCGGCACUGCAUGGAGCAAUACUGGGGAUGGCGGCUGUAGUACGAGCUCAUCCUUUCUCGACACCGCCUGCAGUAAAGCCUGUGUUGCGGGCAUUGUGCGGUGUUACCAGCCACAGUGCAGAGCUUCAGGUCUAUUAA